AUCAUCUUAUCCACGACAGUUCAUCAUGAAUUGAGUGUUCGUUCUGACCGCUGAGCAAUGGGCUGAUAUCUGGCAAUGCCUACCAACACAUCUCAAAAUCUUGAGUUGAACCAGUUGGCCGUUUCAAUGCGCCCCUGAAAUAUGUAGGCUCGGACAGCAAGAUGUGAGGAGUGCGCCGGUUCUUGUGCGAAGUAGUUGACGUCAUGGUCCGUCAUUGCGACCGUUCAACUUAGCAUGACGGCUCACAAUGUCGACAUCCAACGUCCAAUGUCUUCCAACACUUCAACAACGGGCUCCUUGUUGAAUGUUGAUACUCACUCGGAAAAUUCACCCGCCACUAACACUACAGUGUAAGGUGCUCCGGAGCUGCCACCUGUGAGAUAGCCUCGCAGUCAUGUCAAUGUCGUCGUGGUGGUCGUGGUGUGUUGGGUCCGGCGGCCGUCGCAAUCGCCGACGGUCGGCCGAGCAGGAGCCUCUACUGCCGCGGUACGAUGACGAGACGGCGCUGCAGCGGCGGCUGCAUCAGAAGCUCCACACGUACCAGAUGCUCCGGGCCCUGUCCAAGGGCUUCAUGCCGUCAAACGAGCAGGCCAUUGCCAGCCUCCGCACUCUUCUUGCCUCAGACGUUCUGAACCCAGACAAUGCUCAGCUCAGCGACUCGGGCCAGGCCCUGGUGCACUAUACCAAGCAAUGGAUCAAGCAGCUCAUCCAGCUUCUGCAGGACAAGAACUCUGGCGACCAGAUCCAGGACUUUAUCUGGUAUCUGUCGCAAGCGAGGGUCGCCGUCGAUAUGGAGCACAUCGCUGAGCGCGCCAGCAAGGCCAAGGCCAAGGCCGACACAGCUGCCAUCUACAGCAGCCUUCAAACCGUUGGCUCCCUUCUUCUCACCAACUCGGAUUUCCGCUUGUUCCUGAGCGACCUCAAUGUGGUUGCCCGGGAGGUCUUCAAAGACACUGCUUUUGCUCUGUCCGAAGCCUCCAAGGAGGCUGGAAAGCGUCUUGAGCCUUCCGCCGAAGAACAGGAUUCACUCAAAGAGCCGGGCAAGGACUCUCACAGCCCGCCGUCGCAGCAAGACCUAGCCGACCAGACCACCGAAAUCGCCACUGUCCUGAGUGGCAGCGCUUCCACUGUGGUCGAAGGCGCCGAGAACAGCAUCGCCAGUAAACUAGAGGGCCCGGAGAAAGACACCAUGAUCGCCCGUCUGAGGCAAGCGGUGCUCAAACUCCGACAGCGUCGCGACUACUCCGAUUCGGUCUCAACGCUGUCGCUGCUCCUCAGGCGUUACGCCAUGGUUUACUCUCGCAUUGCCAGCGACACGCUGCAGGCCGCAGACGAAGAUGUCGACCGUAACCCCGAGACGGACCGGGCUUUGCAGAAUUUCUGGGCCUUCAUCAGGUCGUUUGGUGAGGCAAAAGAAUGGGAAGAGCUGGAGAAGCGUUUUAAGGCAGUCAUGGAACACAGCCGUAGCGAUCCCGAUUUUGAAGAGCUCAUCGGCCAGCUUGGAAACGCCGUGCAAGACAUGUUCACCGACCCAUCCUUCUUUGACCAUGCCGAGCAGCGGUUCCAGGACCUCCGCGCCAAAUCCCGCCAAUUAUCCGCCCACUCCUCUUUGCGAGACGACGUAGACGGGUUGCUCACACAGCUGCAGUCUACUUUCUACGCAGUGCUCAGGGACAAGGACGUAACUGCACUCCUCAAGACAUCGGCGACGAUUGGCAAGAUCCUCUCACCCAAGCAUCAUUAUACGAAUACGGACCUGGUAGCAGACGCCAUCCACGUGUUUGUCCCCUUGCUUGUCCAAUCAGUCAACUACGUGCCCAUCCCUCGCCUCGAAAUCUCCACACCCCAAGUAGACCUCCUGCUCGAGAACUUCAUCCUAGAGCCCGGCUUGACGGUCAACAACACAUCCUUCUUCCCCUACAAGCUGCGCAUCGAGACGCUCAACGACUUCGAGAUCCGCAAGGCCCGGUUCCGCACAACCUCAGCCAUCAAAUCCCUAGCCCGGAUCCGGAUCGACGGCCUGUCCAUCCGCGGCGAAGAGAUCGGCUUCUGGCUGCGUGCUCACUCCGGGCUCUUACGCCUCGCAGACCAGGGGAUCGCCUCCUUCGCGCUGGACGAGCGGGGGCUCGACAUCCAGCUUGAUGUUGAAAUCGGCCGGGACCGCCUCGAGAAGAUCCUGUCCCUGCGAAACGUCCGCGUGCGCAUCCACAAGCUCAACUGGACCCUCCGCCAGAGCAAGUUUAGCUUCUUGUCCUGGCUGUUCAAGCCCGUCCUGAAACCACUGAUCCGCAAGGCGAUUGAGAUGAAAGUGGCAAGCGCCAUCGCCGAGGCGCUGCAUUUCGCCAACCGCGAGAUCAUCUACGCCCGCGAGCGGCUCCGGGCCACGCGCAUUGCUGAUCCCGAUGAUUUGAGGACGUUUUUCAAGGCUGUUCUUGCGAGGCUGACGCCGGCGGAUAAUCCGGAUCUUGAUGUCCGUGUGGGUGUCGCUGAGCCUGGCGGGGGGGUGUUUGAGGGGGUUUAUGCGCCGGGAAGUAUUGUUAGGUUGUGGAGGGAGGAGGCUACGCAGGCGCCGCAGAGGAUUAGGGAGAAUGAACGGGAUGGGUGGAGGAAUAGUGUUUUUGAUAUACAUGCGGCGACGCUGGGUUGAUGGUGCGGAGAUGAUGUCUGGGCUGGUUGAGAAUGCUUGGGUGAGGUGGGUUAUGCGUUAUGCGUUAUGAUAUCCGCGAGCUCUGUACUGGUUAAUGUUAAUAAAAGUACUGUCAUGGACCUUUGGCUGGUCGUUGUUAAGCGUAGAAGGUUGAUUUCCGAGAGCAGAACUGUUAAUCGGCCAUUCGCCAAGGGAUCCUACAAGCUCUUCCAUGUGUUUACCCACUUCUGCCC